GGAGAGAGAGAGAGAGAGAGAGAUGAAAAACAAUAAUCAGAUGUUUGUGAAUCCCGGUCGUGUCUCAUUUCUCAUUUCUGUCCCAUGCAAACCGGAUAGACGCGGUGCGCGCUCCCGUCCUGACCAGGCGCGCGCACGUCUGCCCUGGGACCCUACUGUAGGAAACUUCAAUUCACUGCAGACUCAGUAGUGCGCGUGCACACCUCCUAUUCCAUAUGCUGUGCACUAGAUGGGACGUAGGGGAAGUGCACGCUGCAAGUGCACACUUUACCCAUCAUUCUCAACCCACUGUGGGCUUGUCCCAAACCUUAUUCACUGAACACCUCACUAGGGUUAUACGUUAUACAGACUGUUGCGGUGCAUUGUGGGAUUUUUCCCCCGUUCUCGCUCUCGGAGACAACCAAGUACACUAUGUAGUGAUGUUGGGCAUAUGUUUGGGUUAUGUUUUUCCACUGGGAUCCCAACACAAGUGCACUAUGUACGUAGGGCACGAAUCAGGUCAUGUGUAUUAUCGUGCGCUAUACGCAAAGCCGUUUGAGUCUCUCUUCCUGUAGUCCACGGUUUACGAAUUUAGCACCCUACAAAGCGCACAUGCUCAGCGCAGAGGUAUUCCGAGGCUGCACUAAUAAUGGUACACACCCCACGUAGUGCCCUAAAUCUACCCUAAGGGAGCCUUUUUAUAUUUAGAAGUGCACUAUGUAGGUAAUGGUUUUUCUGUGGGUGCAUGAUGUGUUAUUUGUGAUUCAGCCUACAAGGACUCCUACACUUUACAUAGUGUACUACGAGUCCUACUUGCUAUAUUUGUGCGCAUAUGCCAUUUCAUACCCUAUGUAGUGCACUAGCUAGAUGGAUGGAGCUUUUAUUUUAUACACUAUGUAAUGCUUGAAGGUUCAGUAGGGAGUGAUUUGGGACACAGCCCACAGAUGUGGUAAUUACAGCUUGAGUUGUAAGUAUGUGUGUGUGAGGGGAACAGGGAGGGUGGAGGGACACGCCACAUCGCCUGCCUGCACACCCUUCUGAGGCAACCAACAUGGCCACUCACUCACACACACACAUACACACACACACACACACACACAGACACACACACACACACAUACACACACACUUAAUGGAGAGGUCGGGGUUUUACAUCCACAUGGUGAUGAGGUCACUUCAGAGUUUAAGAAUGGAAACAUAUUACUCUCUGUGUGUGUGUGUGUGUGUGUGUGUCUGUUGAGAGAGACAGGAAAAAAUGCUUACUAAGCACGGUGAGUCCUGAACCACACACAUCUGGAUUAGAUUGGGACUGAAUCCGCUUUCUUAACUGUGUGUGUGUAUGUGUGUGUGCAUGUAUGUGUGUGUGCUUGUAUGUGUGUGCGUGUGUGUGUCUGUGUGUGUCUGUGUGUGUCAGGCCAGCAGAGUGUGCAACUCUAAAUAUGGUCAAGUCCUACAGACAGGAAUUUUAGCUCCUUAUAUGAGCACAUUAUUGUGUGUGUGUGUGUGUGUGUGUGAAUCAUCACACGGCUUGAUGCCAAACACACUUGAGUUAAACAGUGAUCGCUGCCGUCUGUCGAUGUUGCACAACCUGACAAAACAUCCAAACUUCAGUGUCUAAACCAGCACUUGCUCCCUACUCCCUAUCUAGUGCACUAACAUUGGAAACAGAGCAAGGGAUUGUCAGUGAUCAAUCUGUGGCUGUGUCCCAUUCCACACAAAAUAUUCACAACAUAGGGCACAUAAACACCAUCGUUGGUCCAUUGUGCGCGUGUCACAAGCCGCACACCUUACUCACUACAUGGGACACGUAGACACCAUCGUUGUUCCACUGGGGACCACACACCCUAUUGAUAAUAUACGCCACAUAAUCACCAUCAUUAAUCUAUACCCCAUUCACUAUAUUGGGCUCAUAAACACAUAAACGGUCCAUGUUGGGCAUGUCCCAAUCCACACACUCUACUCACGGUAAUUAGGGAAGUAAUGAGGCAGUUAGUGUUUAUCAGGACUUUGUACUGUUCAGAAAAGGAAAGGCGGUGAUCCAGUUUGGAGCUGAAAGAGUCGACUCUCACUGGUGAUCUGAAUCAAAUGAUCAGACUCAUUGAAAAGAUCCAGAAUUCCCGGCACUAUGUCACUGAACUCUGCGUUGGAGAAAGUUGUUAAGGAAGCGAUUCCGCGCUAUCUUUUCCUUUUGCCUGCUGCUUUCAGUUUGAUUCUCUUCCUGUCUGUGUGUGUCUGUGUAUAUGUGUGUGUCGUAGGAGAGACUGACUCGUCUAACUACCCUCUCAGCCCCCGUAUUGUCGUGUUUGACGCUCUCCUGGCCGAUCUGGAAAGCUCCGCUUCUCCUCUCGCUCGGUGCCCCGUCCUAUUGACCUCUGACCCUCCGGUGACCUCUGACCCCUCACCCACGUCCAACCAAGACUCCAUUCAGAACCGGCCUCCUCCUCCUGCAUACACACCUCAGCAGACAGUUUCAGCUGCCAUGAAGUCCAACGGCUCCCAGAAUCCAGACAAGCUUUACAGCACGGUGUGUAAGCCUCGUUCUCCGCGCUCUCCUGACCCUCCUCCUGCGUUCUCGUCCUCGUCGGUGUUGGGUGGAGGGCUGAGUGAACUCGAUCACCUGCUUCAGGAGCUCAACGCCACCCAGUUCAACAUCACCGAUGAGAUUCUGGCUCAGUUCCCUACGACGAAGAAGGAAGACAAGGACAAGGAGAAAUCGGGAAAGUCGGCUCCCUCCACCGGGUCAGUGAAACCCUCCGCCACCUCGGCCACUUUGGAACUGGACAAACUGAUGGCGUCGCUGUCAGAUUUCCGCGUGCAGAGUGUGCCGGCAGCUCAGGCCAAUCCGGCGCCUUUGCAGCAAACGGUGUCCCCGCCCCCGGCGUCCUCUGGUGGCUCGCUGGACAGCAUGCUGGGCCUCCUCCAGUCAGAUCUGAGCAGGCAGGGUGUUUCCACCUCCUCCAAGGGAAACUGCUCCGCCUGCCAGAAACCGAUUGUGGGACAGGUGGUGACGGCGCUGGGGCAGGUGUGGCACCCCGAACACUUUGUGUGCUCCGAGUGUGAAUGUGAACUGGGGAACCGUAACUUCUUUGAGAAGGACGGGCGUCCGUACUGUGAGCCGGAUUACUUCAGCCUGUACUCGCCUCACUGCGCACACUGCAAUAAACCCAUUCUCAACAAAAUGGUCACGGCACUCGAUAAGAACUGGCAUCCUGAGUGCUUCUGCUGCGUCAAGUGCAGCCGGACAUUCGGAGAUGAAGGGUUUCACGACCGUGAUGGACAGCAGUACUGUCAGCAGUGUUUCCUGGCGCUGUUUGCGUCGCGUUGUGAAGGCUGCUCUCAGCCCAUCGUGGAGAAUUACAUCUCCGCUCUCAACGCCCUCUGGCACCCACAGUGCUUCGUCUGCAGGGAGUGUUUCAGCCCUUUUGUGAACGGAAGCUUCUUCGAGCACGAGGGCCAGCCGCUGUGUGAGGUGCACUAUCACCAGUCUCGUGGCAGUGUGUGUCAGGCGUGCCAGCAGCCCAUCGUAGGACGCUGCGUCACCGCCAUGGGCGCUAAGUUCCACCCGCAGCACCUAGUGUGUCAGUUCUGCCUUAAACCUCUGAGCAAAGGCUGCUUUAAGGAGCAGGACAACAAGCCCUACUGCCACCCGUGUUUCCUCAAGCUGUUCGGCUGAAUUUAAAUCGGGGGAUGUCCAGUACAUUCAAGAUAGGAAGCUUUCCAGAAUCAGUAUUCUUACCUUGCAUCUUUUUCCUUAUUUAGUAAUGUGCAAAAGAACAAAAACAAGUGCAAUUUUAUAAAGUCAAGUGAUAUAAAGAAAAAAAAAAAAGAGCAUUUUUUUGUAAAAUGAGCAAGUGUGCCAAAAAAUACUUCAGUGACACAGAAGAGAAGAAACAUAUGUGUGAUAUGUAACUUCGAUUACCCUGUUAGCAAUGUUUACAUGCACACAAUAGCCCAAUGUUCUUCUUGGACAGAAUGAAGAUGUUUACGUGAGUUGUAUAAGAAACAAAGCUGAGCUUUUCUCACCAAUUUGGAACCCGUGGAAGUUUGGUUAGCAAUUGACGCUAAGUGUAAUUAUGUUGGGAUUUUAGCUGGACAUAAUCUUAUUUUUAAGCAAUUUACCAACACGUCUGAGUAAAACGUUGAUAUUUCCGACAGGUUUGUCCCGUUUUUAUUGUCAUUGUGCAUUUACGUUAAUAGCAAAUGGCUACAUGUCAGCUAGCAUUUCCACUAGAAUGUCAGCGAGGAUGUCCAUUCUGACCGGUUGCCUAGCAACUGAGUUUUUGUGUGUUUGAUGUCCCAUGUCGUAAGCAGGAAUUAUUUAUUUUUUUUAUUUUAUCACACUAAAAUGUUGGACUAUUGAUGUACGGGUAAAUAUAAUUAUAGAGGCUGAAGGACUGUAGGAUUAAACACACACACACACACAGCUAUUAUUUAAUACA